AUGAAGUCUCAGCAGCCGUACACGAUGUGCUUCCGGGUCAAGUUUUAUCCCCACGAGCCAAUGAAAAUCAAGGAGGAGCUCACCAGGUAUCUCCUGUACCUCCAGUUGAAAAGAGACAUCUACCACGGCCGUCUCCUCUGUCCUUUCGCUGAAGCUGCAUAUCUGGGAGCCUGCAUCAUCCAGGCUGAGCUCGGGGACUACGACCCAGAAGAGCACCCGUCAGACUACAUCAGGGACUUCAAACUAUUCCCUAAACAAUCCCUCAAACUGGAGAGGAAGAUUAUGGAAAUUCACAAGAAUGAGCUCAGGGGCCAGUGUGCUGCAUUAGCAGAGCUGAACAUGCUCCAAAGGGCUCACAGUCUUGAAACGUAUGGAGUCGAUCCUCACCCAUGCAAGGACUUCACAGGCUCCACUGCUUUUCUUGGGUUCACAGCCACAGGGUUUGUGGUCUUCCAGGGAAACAAGAGGAUCCACCUCCUCAAAUGGGCUGAUGUCAGCAAACUGAAGUUUGAAGGGAAAACCUUUUACGUCAUCGGGAUUCAGAAAGAGUCAUCACUGAAGAAACUGGUGUUGACAUUUCACACCUCAACCCCUGCAGCGUGUAAGCACUUAUGGAAGUGCGGGGUGGAGAACCAGGCCUUUUACAAAUGUGCGAAGUCGAGUCAGAUAAAGACGGUUUCCAGCAGCAACAUCUUCUUCAAAGGCAGCAGGUUCAGAUACAGUGGAAAAGUAGCCAAGGAGGUGAUAGAAGCCAGCUCCAAAAUUCAGAGAGAGCCACCAGAAGUGCGCAGAGCCCAGUUUGGUCAGAGUCGAAGUUUUAACUCUCUGAGCCACAAAAAUCUCAUCAUGAACAUGGAGCCUCUGGUACCUGCACUGCCCUCCACCAAUGAGUACGAGGAGACGGCGGCGGACAGCGGUGUUGUUGCUGUGAAGGACUCGGUCCCCUUGUCUCCUCUCAAACCUUCAGCUGCACCUGCAGACACAGAACAACAAAGUCCUGAUGGAGGAAACUCUGCUCUGGGCAUCGACCUGCAGCCUCCCCGUGUUUCCAUGGAAACCUCAAAUCUCCGACCUCAAACGCCCAAACCUGAAGACAAACUGGAGGAAGACGACGAGGGCAGCGGCGCGCUCACUAUUUCUGAGCUCACCUACAGCCCCUGUGCCAGCAUGCUUCCCACCCCGGUAGAUGACGGUCAGGGAGGGGUGGACUUGCUCUUCUCCUCUCCGGUUCAGAGCCCCGCCAGGCUGCUAAGAGAGCUCCACGCUGACCCCGACAUCCAGGCCCAGCUGGAGGCUGAGAGGGAGCGAGACCGGGCCUACGAACGCGCCCGCCUGGCUGCCAGAAGUCGAAUGAGCGGAGUCCUGACCAGCAGCCUGCGCCUGCUGUCAUCCAACGAGAGAGUCAACGCCUGUGUGCUGAGCAUGGCCCGCUUCAUCGCCGUGGUGAUGGGCGUCCUGCUGGUCACCGUGCCCAUGCUGCUGCUGCUGCUGGAGUCGGACAUCGACGUGUCAUUCCUCCACGAGAUCCGCCAGACGCCGGAGUUUGAGCAGUUUCACUACGAGUAUUACUGCCCGCUGCGGCGCUGGAUCCUGUGUAAGAUCAGCAUGGCCAUGGAGAACCUCUGGUCUGACUGA